AUGACCCGCUGGACAUCCCUCAAGGCCUCUAGGUCACAGAAGCCUAGCUCCUGGGAUCUGGCAGCCUCCCCCCGGCGUCUGAGUACCCCAACCUUGACCACCUUACCCUGGAAGGCUCAGAAAUCUGGGGCUGAGAUGUCUUCCCAGAAUGGUCCCCUGGGUCCUCAGCCCCACCAACCCUCUGCCUCCUGGCCCAGACAGAAACAGCAUCCACCAUUACAGCCCCAAGCCUCAGCUACACAGACCCAUGAAGUGCCCCUGCCUGGAGUCAGCCUGGGGGCAGGCCAGGGUCCACCAGACCCCGGGAUGACCGCAGCCAGCCGGGCCAACCCCUACAGCAUCGUCUCAUCAGAGGAGGACGGGCUGCACCUGGUUACCAUGUCCGGUGCCAACGGUUUCGGCAACGGCAAGGUGCACACACGGCGCCGGUGCCGCAACCGCUUUGUCAAGAAGAACGGCCAGUGCAACAUCGAAUUCGCCAACAUGGAUGAGAAGUCACAGCGCUACCUGGCUGACAUGUUUACCACGUGCGUGGAUAUCCGCUGGCGCUACAUGCUGCUCAUCUUCUCCCUGGCCUUCCUUGCCUCCUGGUUGCUGUUUGGCAUCAUCUUCUGGGUCAUUGCUGUCGCCCAUGGAGACCUGGAGCCAACCGAGGGCCGUGGCCGUACACCCUGUGUGCUGCAGGUCCACGGCUUCAUGGCGGCCUUUCUCUUCUCCAUCGAGACACAAACCACCAUUGGCUACGGGCUCCGCUGUGUGACUGAGGAGUGCCCCGUGGCUGUCUUCAUGGUGGUGGCACAGUCCAUUGUAGGCUGCAUCAUUGACUCCUUCAUGAUUGGUGCCAUCAUGGCCAAGAUGGCACGGCCCAAGAAGCGAGCACAGACUCUGCUUUUCAGCCACAACGCUGUCGUGGCUCUGCGUGACGGCAAGCUCUGCCUGAUGUGGCGCGUGGGCAACCUUCGCAAGAGCCAUAUCGUAGAGGCCCACGUGAGGGCUCAGCUCAUCAAGCCCAGGGUCACGGAGGAGGGUGAGUACAUCCCGCUAGACCAGAUCGACAUUGACGUGGGCUUUGAUAAGGGUCUGGACCGUAUCUUCCUGGUAUCACCCAUCACCAUCUUGCAUGAGAUUGAUGAGGCCAGCCCUCUGUUUGGCAUUAGCCGUCAGGACCUCGAGACAGACGACUUUGAGAUUGUCGUCAUUCUAGAAGGCAUGGUAGAGGCUACAGCCAUGACCACGCAGGCUCGCAGUUCCUACCUGGCUAAUGAGAUCCUGUGGGGCCACCGCUUUGAGCCAGUGCUCUUCGAGGAGAAGAACCAGUACAAGAUUGACUACUCACACUUCCACAAGACCUAUGAGGUGCCCUCUACCCCCCGCUGCAGCGCCAAGGACCUGGUGGAGAACAAGUUCCUCUUGCCCAGUGCCAACUCCUUCUGCUAUGAGAACGAGCUGGCCUUCCUGAGCCGAGACGAGGAGGAUGAGGUGGCGACAGACAGGGAUGGCCGCAGCCCUCAGCCGGAGCAUGACUUUGACCGACUGCAGGCUGGCAGUGGUGCCCUUGAGCAGCGGUCCUACAGACGGGAGUCAGAGAUUUGA